GGGAGAGAGGAGGGCAAAGUCGCUGUAACUCGUCGUGCCCCGCCCCGCCAUUUUAUCUCCUUCUCCUCCUUCGCCUGGGUUGGAGGAGUUGUUGUUUGUAGCGCUAUGGGCCCGUCGCCCAUAGAUACAGGUCCUCGCCACUGUCCCCAGGAAAAAGGCCUCGGGAGGACUCCGUGGGGUGGGAGGAAGGGGGAGGCCCUGUCACCAGCCGAUACGACGGGUGGCCCGUCUCUUCCUCGCCCCCUCAAUCCCAGCCUAUCUACCUACCCCCUCCACCCCUUUACUGUGUGUAUCUUUCAACUGCUCCGGCCUAGAUAAAUCACUGCAAAAUCCUUGAAAACAGCAGACCGUUUGUUUGGCUCUGCCUUUAUUACUCCGGAUUAACAGCCGCCACCCCUUACUCACAUCGACUACCUGUGGCUGGAGUUCCCGCCGCUUCGACUAUAAAGAGGGGAGGGGGCUGUGAUUCAUCCAUUUGCUGAUUUAAAAGGCACCAGGGAGUUAAUCCGGAUUACCUGACCAUUUCUGCCCUAGAGACAAACUGCAUCGCCCUUAGAAAGUGAGUUCAAGGACUCGAACACUAUUCAUGGCUCUCUUGACCCACGGUAACAACCCUUCUCUAGAAUAGGAACAACUUACAGUAUUUUUCUUUUACUCUGAGUGAAAGGAUGAAUGAUUGUGAACCCACCUCACCUAGUUAUUAUUUCAGAUUAAUCCAGGAAUAAAGAAGCAUCCUCUUGCAAAGAUAAUGCACAUUUAGAUAUACAGCCAACCUUGGCCUUAGCCACCAAAUGCAGCACAUAGAGAAAGCCUAGUGAUGCUUCUGUCAUACCUCUGGUGACCCUUCCAGUGAAGAAUCUAGAAUGCUAUACAUGUAGAUUGAGACAUAUUCACCACAUGCUUCCGGUAUUAGAAUUUGUGGCAUGGACAGGUUUCCCACCUUCUAAUUCCUUGAAUGUUGUUGUUGGCCUCUGGAGACAAUGGAAGAAUGCGCCUUUGGGGGUGAAGUCAAACCCUUGGAGACUUACUGUGGCUGUAGAGACCGAUAUUUUGCUGCAGUUGGGGCAGAUGGAGUCUGGAUAUGCUGCGGCAGAUGCACUAUAUGGCAUUUCUUCUCUCUGUGCACCUCCAAGUGAUCCUCAGAUCUACCUGGACAGAAUGACGGACCUAGUGGCUAUCUGGGAAGUAGGUUUAAGUGAUGGCAUCCACAAAAUUGAAUUUGAACAUGGAACCACCUCAGGAAAACGUGUUGUGUAUGUGGAUGGAAAGGAAAUAAUGAGAAAAGAAUGGAUGUUCAAAUUAGUGGGAAAAGAGACAUUUACUGUUGGAACAUCUAAAACAAAGGCUACUAUUAACAUUGAUGCUGUCAGUGGCUUUGCUUAUGAAUAUACAUUGGAAAUUAAUGGAAAGAGCCUCACAAAAUACAUGGAGAACAGGUCAAAAACAACAAGUACUUGGAUGUUACACUUGGAUGGUACAGAUUUCAGGGUUGUAUUAGAAAAAGACACAAUGGAUGUCUGGUGCAAUGGUAAAAAAGUGGAAACGGCGGGAGAAUUUGUAGAUGAUGGGACAGAAACACAUUUCAGUAUUGGAAAGCAUAACUGUUGCAUUAAAGCUGUCAGCAGUGGAAAAAGAAGAGAAGGAAUUCUUCAUAUGCUUGUUGUAGAUGAUGAAGAAAUCACAGCACCUUUGUAAUAGCUUUCCAUUAUUCUGACUAUUGCAGAUACAAAGAUCAGGGAUUUUCAAUUGCUGUGGUAAUUGACUACUUUAAUAUAUACUUUAAUAUAUACUUCAUGGUAUACAGUUCGUGCUGUUCUUAUUUUCUAGCUGCUGUAUAUGAAAUUUAUUGAAGGACCAGAUGAGAAUAUGUUGUCUUCUUUGUAAAAAGAAUUUAUAUAUUAGAACACUAAAGAGGAACUUUGACCAAUGUAGAAAUUGUUUACAUGGAAAAUUUUAAUAACUGCAGAAUAAAACAGAAAUUUGUUCAUUUAAAUGUUAGAAUGUCUUAUUCUUUUUAUAUCCUCUUUAAAAUAAGUGUGUCGCGUCCUUAGAAAACUGGAAUGUAUAACUAUUGAAGUGUUUUCUUUCAGUAAGCCUUUUUACAACUUUGCUUAUCAAUAAUACUUGAACCAUGAGCCAUCUGUCUGCAUGGGUUGCCUUUUUCCUGCAGCUUUCUGCUGAGCACAAGUGCCCAGCUAUGACCUGCUCUGGGAGCCCCAUGUGUCCCUCCCAUGUGUAGAUCCAGCCAGCCCUUCCCUUUACUGGUACCCCAUGUACUUCCAUCAGACGUAGCCUGAGCACAUGGGCCUAGUGAGUGGUGAGUUAUGUGGCUGCAUCUACAUACGGGAGGCACAAACACCACUCCUAUAUAGCAGGUCAUAGUGGGGCACUUGCAGCAAGGAAAAGUAGUCCAUUGAGCUAAGUGAUCUGCUCCCAUGCAAAUACACAAGGGAGGAUGAGUCAUGUUGUGCAUUUUCAAAAUCCAGUGUUGCCUUUGUGUUGUUUAGUCGUGUCCGACUCUUCGUGACCCCAUGGACCCAUGGACCAGAGCAUGUCAGGCACUCCUGUCUUCCACUGCCUCCCGCAGUUUGGUCAGACGCAUGUUCGUAGUGUUGCCUUUAGGAAUUUUUUUAAAAAAUAGAUGCAAGAACAAAUAUGCUGUGGAUUUUCUGUAGCAGACUGCAGGUUUCAGGUGACGGUGCAUAUUACAUAGUAUUGAACUACUGAAAUCCUUAAAAAGUGGGCAAGCAAACUUCAGGCUUGAGAAAAACGAAAUCUCACUAGCGCUCCACUCUUUAAGUCUACCACAUCCAAAAUAGUGGCUGGACAUGGUACACCAUACACUUGUAGCACAAUCUUAUGAAUAUUUAUUUGGAAGUCAACCCAAUGAGUGAGUUGCAGCUUUUGCUUGCUCGGGAAUUUGUUUCUAGUGCUUGCAUACACAUACACAUCCUCUCUCACAUACAACUGGCCUGUUUUAAAGCUUUCUUUGUUGUCAGCAGCCUGUUUUGGGGGAAAGACUUUUAGUUGUUGCCAAGGGGGGAGCCUUUUAUUGGUUGUUAACUGGGAUUACAAACUUUGUUGAAUCUGUCAAAUAAGUCAAGAGACCUACCAGCAGUGUUUUUUUCUGGGGGUACUCACCCUUAACAUAUUUUUUUUGGGGGGGACACAUUUAUAAAGAUUCCUACUAUUUGAAACUACUGUUUGCCUGCUUUCUGUGGGAAUGUUUUUUAAAUACCAUCUCUCUCCAAACAAAAGUGUAGGUCAUUUCCUGAUAACUUCCAAACAAUCCUAUGCAGUGAUCCACACCAGUUUUGAAACCUCAGUAAUAUCUUUA